UGAGCAACGCGUAGAGGAGGAUGCCGCUUUAGCAGCCUGUCGCUAUGUUUAUAGAUCAGUGAAAACGCAGCUGCGUUGGUUAAGACUCACAAACGUUACUCUGAAAGGAGGAAAAAGGAAGCUACGUACCGGUAGAUGCAAAACUGUUUCCCGCGAGAUGAACCUUUAUCCCAAGUACAUAAAAAGCUACCUUUACUUUUAACUCUACUACCUCGUGGUGCUAGCUACAGUUCUGUUUGUCUGAGUCCGGUUGUAGCUUCGCAAAGUUUCAAUGCGGCCAUUAGCUGUAAACUUAUAAGACACGUUAGCACCAUGGACGGGGAGUGUGUGUCCCUGCUGCCCAGGGUCUGUGAGGUGCUGGCGGCUUCAGGGAGCUCCCUGCCCGAUGACACCAGCCUGGAGAAACUGAUGGACUGGUUCACAGCGCUCACCAAGACUGGGGGAUCCCUGCUGGAGUCCUGCCCGUGUCUGCUCAAAUUCAUAUCCACCACGGUUGACAAGACAUCAUCAGACCCUGACAUCCUCUCCUUCUGUCUCAAACUCACGGGCUUAAUAGCUGCCACUGAGGACGACUUCACGGCUCUUCAGGAGAGCUCAGUUCUGGACUUGGUGUUUAACCUUCAGCGCUGGCAGGAAGCGGAGCUCUGGGAGGAUCCCUGUAUAAGGAUCGGAUGGAUCCAGGGCUUAAGGACGAUGCUGCAGCACCCGAAGGCUCUCAGUUUCUUUGUGCAAGCAGGUUUCAUCGUGCCGCUCCUGCAGCUCCAGACAGACUCGAGUCUAUUCGUUGCCUCAGCUGCCAAUCAAAUGCUCGCCCACAUCCUCCUCUUCUACCAGCCUGUCUCACCUGUAGGAUGCAGCGGCAAAGAAAACCACCGCGGUUACGGUGACGUUGUCACGGCGAUCUCGGCGUACCUCAAGGAGUCGCUGCUUCUCAAAGAAAAGGCGCAGCUUCAUCAGAGCCUGCAGACCCUCAGACUGCUGGCCCUGCUCCUGGCUCAGACCAGGCCUCCUCUGCAGGACGAGCUGCUGCAGACUGUCGCAGUCUCUCUGGAGGAGCUGGUGUCAGCAGAAUACAGUCAACUCACGCUGCCUCUGAUGGACGUCGUUCUAGCUGCGCACAGCAGGUGCGGCGCUGAUGAACGUGUCUCCCGUCUUCUGUCACUGAUGCUGAACAUCAGGAAACCGUCCGACCUCAUUCAAGCCGCGGCUGCUUUUCUCCGCAGCGGCCAUUAUGACCCUGUCCACACGGCCCAGUAUGUGAGAGUACUACUGCUACCGCUCCACAUCAUCACUGGCUACACUCUGCUGGGCCCCAACGUCACAGAAGAACAUCAGCUUUCGACGGUGGAGCUGCUGAAGAAUAAAAGCUCCUGCAUUUCCACGAUCUGUGUCUGUGUAACAAACACACCACAGAUCGCCCUCGUGGCUCCUGACUGCCUCCCCUGUCCUCCGGUUUCAGUCGUUGCUGCAGUCGUGUCGUUACUGAGGCUCUGCAGUGGUGACUCUUCCUCUUCGUCCGCUGGCAACGGUAACGUUUUCAGGAAUGUCAUCGGCAGUGGAAAAGUCCAGAAAUGUGCUCUGGAGGCUCUGACAGCUCUCAGUGGCUGCCCAGGAGUGAAAGUUAAGCUGGAUGAAGUGUUUGCACUUUUGAUACAGUAUCUGGACAAUCCUGACUCUGACCCCACUGUCGUGCAUAAGUCCUACCAGGCCUUAGUAAAGUGGGUGGGCGUUUGCACAGACCUCUCCUCAAUAACAAACGCGCUGCGACAAGAUUUCACCCAGGUGGUGAAGAAGCGCGCCUGUGACAUGCGCUGGGAGGUGAGAGACUCCACCGUGGAGUUUUUGGGACACCUGGCGGGGGUGCGUCCCCACCGGACGUCGGCCGAGGACGGCGCCUCCGACGCUCUGCUGGGCGGCCGCUCCUGUACCACGCCUCUCCUCAAGGAGGCGCUGCAAGACCCGGAGAGCUACGUGAGAGCCAGUGCCAUCUGCGCGCUGGCUCAGACGCUGACACGUAGCUGGCAGCAGGGGGCGGCGGUCACCCCGGAGCAGAGUGAAAUCGUGACCCGGCUGCUUGAAAUACUCUCCCAGGACACGGAGGGAUUUGCCAGGAGGGCCGUCGUUCGCUACUUCAUCGCCUGGUUGUCGUCCCAUUCCUCACACCCUCCUCCGUCGUCGCCUCCCCCCUCUCUCCUCACGCAGUCCGUGCGCUCCGUCCUCUCGCAAGGCAGCGCCGAUCUGGACUGGGAGGUCAAAGUUCACACGUUGGAGCUGGCCGAGCUGCUGCUGGACGAGGCCCUUUCGGGUCUCCGGGGUCACGCGAAGGGCUCGGACACGCGUCCCGAACAAACGCACCCCUACGCCGUGAUUUCUGACCGAACCCACGCGCUUCACGCGCACGGCGGGGCGCGUGCGGAGGAGUCACGUUUGCUCGGGGCGUUGAACAGGCUGGUGGAGCAGGGAGUCAUCUCAGCCUUGCUGAGCGGCCUCGUUGACUGCGACAGACCCGUGGGCCUGAAGGCCUGUCGACUGCUGUCGGCGCUCAGAGAGACGGUUUGCCCGUCGUCGGCGGGGGGCCUGGAUGCAACCGCCGCCAUGGCAACGGUCGCCGGGGUGUCCUGCGAGCUGCCUCGGAGGGGUUGGGCGCUAGAGAUCAGAAAGAUGCUGGAGAUGAAAAAUGCGGCUAAGGAGAGUCCGGGAAGUUUGGACGCGGUCGAGGCUGAAGAUCGUCGUGAGACGGGAGAGGAAGACGUGCGUGUGAGCGUGUGUGAGGUGCUGAGGUCGUUGGAUUUAGAGGAGAGGUUGGACAUUUUGGGUCAGAGCAGCGACCACGUUCACAACUCUCCGCUCUCCCUGCUGCAGGACAUACUGACCGCGAGUGCUGCUCACACACGUCCAGAUACACAAGAUGAGGUCAUAGUGGACUGCUACUAGCACACACACACACACACACGCACAAAUUUUAGUAGGACUUUCCAUUGAUGUAAUGGGUUCUCUUAACCCAACCCUGAAUCCAUUACCCUGAAUGUUAAAUUUAAGUCAGAUUUGGGCCGCGAGGGCGUCAAAAAGGUUGACAAAACGCCCACAUAACAUGACAAAUUGACCCUAACACAGCUUAAUAAAACCAAAAACACACGCACACACACUCCUAUUACUGAUAUUAUUCAUUGUAUUGUUUCUAGUAGUGUUGUGAGAAUAGGUGGAGAGACCUGAGAUCUAUGACUAAUCCACAUCAGACAUUAACAAAUACAAAGGCUAACUCUGACAAAACCACAGCAGCACCUGAUCUCAACAUAUGAAGCAGAAUGAUGUAUACAUAUAUAUUUUUUUUUUAAAUCUUUUUCAUGAUGCAGUUUUGCUUUUAAAGAAAUAUUUUAAUACUCUACAAUACAGUCAUAUUUGCAUGACCCCGACCAGAGUCGACCUUCAUUCACGAUUCACCACCAGACGGUCCGGUCGAUGCAGCUCACCGGCUACACUCCCGUCUUAUUUGGUCACACCUUGUCUUUACAGGCCGUGGAUUAAAAAAGAAAAAGAAAGAAAAAGCAGUGAGUGGACAUCUGUGUUGAUAUGAAUGGGGGUGUAUUUGCUAUGACCCGUCUAACCUGAAGUGCGUUCGUUUUCAAACCAGCGCCGUUACCUGAUCUGUUCACUCAGUGUCAUGUCAAACAUGGUUCACACUCAGUUUUGCUAAAUUUUUAAACUUUCUCUGAACAAAUAAAUAAUGUAGUCCCAGUGAA